AAGAGAGAGGGAAGGCGGCAAACCACCAAGCUUCGUGUUCGGAAGAGAGAGAAACGUCGAACCUCUCUUCCAGUUCAUGCUGACCUAGAAAUAGAGAGAGUGCGCUCUGCUGUCUAGAGAGCGAGGAGAGAGAGGAUGGCGGCUGCUGCUGGAGAAGAGGAGAGCGCAGUGAAGGAACCAUUGGACCUCAUAAGGCUCAGCCUUGAUGAGCGCAUCUACGUCAAGCUCCGCUCUGAGAGAGAGCUUCGAGGCAAACUACAUGCUUAUGAUCAACACUUGAACAUGAUUUUGGGGGAUGUUGAUGAAGUCAUCACCACUUUGGAAAUUGAUGACGAAACAUAUGAAGAGAUAGUUAGGACUACAAAGCGGUUUGUGAAGUUUCUUUUUGUAAGAGGAGAUGGUGUUAUACUAGUGUCGCCGCCACUGAGGACAAUAUGAUGAGCAAGGUUGUCAUGAUAAACUAGGUUCGAUUCGAGUCCCUGACAUGGCCAACAAAUGAAUGGUGAAAGGAAACCGUGGUGAGGAUCAUCAGUUGUAUAUUUCCUUCUGAAUUCAUUAGGAGACAAUAAUUCUCCAUAAAGUCAUUAUAAUUUCAGCUGAGUGCAUGGAGAAUUGGGAAUGGCUCCAGGGAUUUGAGUCCUACAAGAUACCUGUAGGACACCGAUCUCCACGGUUGGUGGUCUACCAUGUACAGUGGGAUGAUCCGGAACUUUGCUUUGACAAACUAUGGGCUUUUGAUGGUAUUAUGGAUCAAUUUUCAUCUGCAUAGGCCAUCAAAAGUGGAGAUUUAAGGUCGCACAGAUUCUGUCUAGGUCGUGAGUUUGGACGAGGUUGCCCACGAUGUAGUGCGAUAUAAUUGCAGAAUAGUUGUGUUCAUGGAACUGCUUCGAAAAUUUUGUAGUGCUUGGUUGACGGGCAUGGUUUCAUAUUUCUAGUAUUUCUUAUUUUAUUGGGGUGAAGUUUUUGUGUGGCCACUGAAUCACAAACUUUGAUAAAUCCGUCUGGGCCUUCUGUUA